UUUCUCCAUCCCCAAUCAAAUACAAGAAAAUCCAAUCAAUUAAGAGAGAGAAAGUAAAAAUGGCAGGAAUAAUGGAAAAGAUCAGUGAGAAACUUCACAUCGGAGGAAACAAGGAUGGUGAGGACAAGCACAAGGUCGAUGAACACAAGUCCGGCGAGCACAAGGGAUCUGAUGAACACAAGAAGGAAGAACACAAGGAAGGACUAGUGGAGAAGAUAAAAGACAAGAUCCAUGGCGGCGAGAAAAGUGAAGAAAAAGGAGAGAAGAAGAAGAAAGAGAAGAAGAAGAAGGAAAAGAAAGAACAUGGUCAUGGUCACGAUGAAAGCAGCAGCAGCAGUGACAGCGACUAGAUCACGCCGGCCGGUCGGAAUAAGAUAUUUUCAUGAAUAAUAAUAAUAAUUAUAAUAAUAAUUGUUCCUUCUAAUUAAUGUAUUUUGAUGAAGUUUGUUUCGGAACUGUUUUCAACUUAUGGGAACUAUUUGGUCUUUCGAUAUAA